GCGUGGCCUCCGGGAGUGGGCGGGGCUCCUGGGAGCCUUCGGCCUUAACCCCUUCCUUCCCGCUCCCCCCCGCAGCUAUAGGUAUCUCCCAGAGCUAUGAAAUCAUUCAGCCGGAUCCUCUUCCUCGUCUUCCUCCUCUCCGGCCUGAGGUCCAAGGCCGCUCCCUCAGCCCCUCUGCCUUUGGGCUGUGGCUUUCCGGACAUGGCCCACCCCUCUGAGACUUCCCCUCUGAAAGGUGCUUCUGAAAAUUCCACACGAGAUCGCCUUAACCCAGAAUUUCCUGGGACUCCUUACCCUGAGCCUUCCAAACCACCUCAUACGGUUUCCCUGGAAACCUUCCCACUUGACUUCACUGAGCCCCCCAACCCUGACCUCCGAGAAACCCCGCACCCAGAGUCUCCUGAGACCCCCAAAGCUGACUCACUCACAACCUCAAUAUCAGAAUCCCUGGACAUGCCCAAAACUAACCUCUCCAAAAUGGCACACCCAGAGUCUCCCGAGACCCCCACACCUGGCCCAACUGAAAUGCCACACCCAGGAUCCCCUGAGACCCCCAACCCUAACUUCUCCAAAACUGCACGCCCAGAAUUUCCUGAGACCCCAAACACUGACCUUAUGCAAACUAUACCCCAAGAAUCCCCAGAGAUUCUGCAGCUUAAUGCCACUGAAGUCUCACAGGCAGAACUCCCCGAGACCUCAAACACUAACCCUACCAAGACCCCUGACCCCAAAUCCCCAGAAAAGCAUGACCUCAACUCCACUGAGACCCCAAACUCUGAAUUUCUCCAAGCUCUCCAUCCUGACCCUUCUAAAACCCCCCACCCAGAAUCCCGUGUGACCUACAAUCCCAGCCCCACCGAAAUUUCCCAAACAGAAUUCCCCACAACCUACUACCAAAAUGCAACAGAUGUACCCAGGACCUCCGACCCUCAAAUCUCCACUAGUCCCUACCCAGAAACACCUGUGCCCUUCAAGGAUGACGCCACUGCUCUAAAUGAGCUGUCCCUGAAUCCCAAACCAGGAACACCUGCAGCCAUCCAGCCCGACUCCCCAAAAUUGCCCACUUCAGAUUCUCCAGGAAUGGUUGAGCUGAAGGCCCCCCAGAGCUCUGGCCCUAAGGAGUCCAACGCCCCUCAUCCCUCAGCCCGGAUUGCAGGUCCCCCUGCUCUUCCAGGGCUCCCCAGUCAGUUGGCCCCUGCCACUCUGCGGGCACCCCAGAGGCACAGCCGAGGUGAGGGAGUCAACACCAUCAUCGUGGUGGAGCGAGUGAAGGAGACCGGCGUGACUCUGGUGGGGCGACCACGUGGCGCAGCAGGCGGGGCCCUCUGCCUGUUCUUCGCGGGGACCGCGCUGCUGAUCGGCAUCUUUGUGCUGCUGUGGUGGCUUUACCGCCGGGCAGCUAGACAGCGGCCCUUCGCACAUCACCGGCUUCCGGACGACGGAGAUGAACCGGUUCUGCAUUUGGACGCCCCGAAAGACCCCUACGACCUCUACUUUUAUGCUCCGGAUACCUGGGUCCCUUCCCACAUCGCCACCAAGCAGCCCCCGCCCACACCUCCUCUGCCACCAAAGCUGCCCCCGCCGCCCCGCGGGGGUCGCCCGCAGCGUCUGGAGGCCCUGUCCCCCGCCACUCUCCCCAACAACUUCGUGUGAGCCCCACCGAGUUCUGCCGGACCUGCACAUCCCCACAGUGAAGGAAAACCCUGCGCUUCUGGCAUGCUUAGCUAGAGUAGUCCCCGGAUAAAGGGUCUAAUAUACAGAGAUGCUUGCGCUGUGAUCAGAGAACAAGGUCUGAGACCGAAUAAAUAUCAUGUUCCCAUGGCUAGACCCCUCCUCUGGCCUGAGCCCUGGGGUGGGAGGAGCUGGAGUCUGAGACCGCUGAAACUUA